GCCGCCGCGGAAUCGCGAAGCCCUGCCAAUGAGAUGCUGAGCGUCAUCGUCAUCGGCAUCGACGCCGUCUCGCGCCUCAACUUCAUCCGGCAGAUGCCGCGCACCUACCGCCUCCUGGUGGGCGAACUCGGCGCCGUCGAGCUGCGCGGCUACAACAAGGUCGCCGACAACACGCUGGUCAACAUCGUGCCGAUGUUGACCGGUCGCUUCACGCACGAGAUCGGUUACCCGGACGGCGGCCGCCGCAUCGACGACGUGCCGUUCAUCUGGAAGAACUUUUCGGCAGCCGGCUACCGGACGCUGCUCGCCGAGGACGCGCCCUACAUGGCCACCUUCAACUACCUGCGCGACGGUUUCCGCAUGCCACCUGUCGACUACUACCUGCGACCGUUCAGCAUUGCCGUCGACAUGUCGCCGCUCGUCAACAAGAGCACGUUCCACUGCGUCGGCGACAGGCUCGAGCUCGAGAUUGUGCUCGACUACAUCUCGCAGCUGGCGGCGACGUUCCCCCAGGAGGCGCCUCCGCGGUCGUCGUCGAGGCCGUACUUUGCGUUCGGCUGGAACGCCCGCAUCUCGCACGACAGCCUCAACCUGCCGCGAGUCGCCGACGCUCCGUACGCCGACUUUGUGCGUCGGCUGCGCGACGGCGGCCACCUCAACCGCACGGCGCUGCUCGUCGUCAGCGACCACGGCCUGCGCUAUGGCGCCUACCUGCGCACGUACGUCGGCAAGCUGGAGGAGCGUCUGCCGGCGAUGUUCGUCGCCCUGCCGCCGUGGUUCGCGCGCCUCUACCCGGCCGCCGCCGCCAACCUGCGCGACAACGCGCGCCGCCUCACGACGCCCUUCGACGUCUACGAGACGCUACUCGACGUGCUGCGCCUUCCAGCGGCCGAGCGCGACGCCGCCAGGGAGCGCGACGGGGUACAGGCGAACGACGCCAGGGGGCGCCGAGGUGCCACGAGGGGGCGUAAUGGUCCCGCGGAGGAAGCAGCGGCCGCUAGUGGACCGGCUCGCGGCAUCAGUCUGCUUCGUGCCAUCCCGGCGACGCGCACGUGCGCCGACGCCGGCAUCGAGCCGCACUGGUGCACGUGUCAGGACCACCGGCCGCUGUCGCGCGAUGACCCGCGCGCGCUCAACGCCGCCCGCUACCUUGUCUUCGCCAUCAACAACGCGCUGGCCGCCCACCGUCGCAGCUGCGCGUGGCUGUCCCUGCGGCGGAUCGCCGACGCGAUGAUAGGCGAGGAAACGCGUGCGUCGCUGACGGCGCGGGUCGUGCGCAGCGAGCGCGACGACAGCGAGCAGCACGUCGCGUACGACGACGCGACGCCGCACUUCCGCAGCGUGCACCUGCUGCUCACCGUCGAAACGCAGCCCGGUAACGCCCUCUUCGAGGCGACCGUAAAGCUGUCGGCGAGCGACGACGGCGGCGACGACGCCUACGAGCUGCUGGGCGACGUCAGUCGCAUUAACCGCUACGGAGAGACGUCGACGUGCGUGCGCGACUACUCGGCUCGUAAGUUCUGCUACUGCACCGAGUUGCUCACGCUGGACGAGCGACAGCACCAGGAGGCGCGCAGUAUCAGGCUGUCGGAUGUGGUGCUCGGAGCAGCUUCGCAGCGUGCAGGAGACGACGACGCGCAUGGCGACGUAGAGCAGCGCGGUAGCAGCUACGACCCGGCUGCCCGCUCGCCGCUCCUCCCCCGCCCUCUCACAGCAGCAGAUUCCUCCCUCCUGCGCCCCCACCUCCCCGCCUCCCCCGGUGACAACGCGGCGGACUUUGGUGAUCGGGGCCGUAUGGCGCAGCAGCAGGGUGGUUACGUACGUCGAGGGGGCUUCAGGGAGAACGGAGGGCUUCCUCUAUUCGGUGCCUUCCCUGCAUGGGCUGCAGCCCCGCCCUCUCGUGACCUCUACGGUCCAAGACGACCCAGCAGACCUCGAGGCUCGCCGCGUCUCCCGCAGAUGAACCUGAGGCGGCGUGGAUGAUAACGUAGUAUUGGAGAGAGGAGUGACGUCAUGAGAGCAGCCGCCGAUGGGUCGCCGUACGCGCGGCAGCGAUUCGUGGGUUACGGGCCGUGAUGCUCGCGAGCGUGCUCGUAAGAUGGGCGACGAUCGUGUAAUGCCCGGUCCACGACGACGGUCUGCGUGUUUAAAAUGCGGCGAGGAUGUGCGGUGUUUGUUAGUUAUAUUGUCAAAUUUUAUUUUGCAUGUUUAUUUGUUUGUUUGUCUUACGGCUAAUUUUAUUUUGUUUGUUUGUUUGUUUGUUUUAUGACGAAUUUUAUUUUGUAAAUUGACGUUGGGAGGUUUAUACGAAGAUGUAAUUACUUUAUACGAGUUUUAAUUACGAUGACCACUAUAACAGUUACUAUUACAGGAGAUUACGUGAUUGUAAUUAAGUUUGAAUAUGUGUAAAUAUUUGUGUGAUGUUUAUUCAAUUUUUUCUCAAGAACAGAGGGACGCGGUUACCUCUAUCGGAAGCUUUAACAGUGAUAACAUACGGGCAAACCAGCGUGGCUACUUUGUGGGUGUCACUUUCCCCCGGGCGUAGAUGGACAAGAUGGCGUCGGUGGCGUAGAUCAUACUAGAUGCUUCAAAGUCCAAAUCUUCCACAGUCAUACUUCCGUGCUAGACAUGGCCUUAUUUUCCUAACCCUAACCCUAACACAAGUGCAGCCACAUCACGUGACCGUCCAUCUAAGUGUUUCCCCUACUUUGUAUAGAUUCCGUGCACAUGCGCGCUUGUGCGUGUCUGUAUAUGUUCGCGCCCGUGCGUGUGUCUGUGUGUGUACGCGUGCGUGCGCAUACGUAUGUGCGUGAGCGCGUGCUCGUUUAUGUGUGCUAGCGCGCUGACCCGCUCAUUACAGUGGACGCCCCUAUCUUUCCUCCUUGGCAGAGUAACACAGGCGUGAUGCUGCCCGCAUCGUCAUCUUAUUCUGUAUUAAUGAUAUCCUGGUGAGCAAGGAUCCCGAUGUGCACGUAUGUCAUCAUGCUAGAGUGACUCCGCUCCCCAUGACCAUGCAGACCAUAGUCUGACAUUACUCAUGGUCUGAACGUACUGUUCAUCUGAAAGUACUGGCGGUCUGAACUGUUAUAGUGUGAAAGUACUAAUGGUCUAAAAAGUAUUGUUAAUUCAAAAUUACCGGUAUAAUCUGAAAGCACUGGUGAUUUGAAAAGUACCGUUAAUCUGGAAGUUCUGGUGAUUUGAAAAGUACUGUUAAUCUGGAAGUACUGGUGGUCUGAAAAGUACCGUACGCUUAAUCUGAUCUCGCUUAAUUGUACUUCUAAUCUGAAAGCACCGUUAGUCUGAAAUGUACUGUUAAUCUAAUAGUACCGUUAGUCUGAAAUGUACUGUUAAUCUAAUAGUACCGUUAGUCUGAAAUGUACUGUUAAUCUAAACGUACCGUUAGUCUGAAUGUAUACUGUUAAUCGGAAAGUACUGAUAGCCUGAAAGUACUAUAUAUGAUUGGACAUGGUUGUGUGCUUGCGUGAUGGCCCACGUUAACAGCAUGAUCGAGCAACCGGUUAAUAAAUGAUGUCUGUACAACAUUA